GUGAGUGUCUGUGUGGUUCCCUGGUGGGUAAAAGAAGCACGCGAAAAAGAACUUAAAACAUCAUUGUCUUGGCGAUAAAAUCAGCCAGAGAUUCAGUGUGCUCUGACCGCUCAACUCGUUUAGACAGCCACAUCAAAGUUCAGCACCAUGGCCGAUGAGAAGAAGAAGGUUAAGAAGAAGAAGACCAAGGAAGAGGGAGGUACUUCUGAAACCGCUUCUGAAGCCGCAUCUGAGGCAGCAACCCCCGCACCAGUUGCCACUCCUGCCCCGGCUGCUUCUGCCACUGGAUCGAAGAGAGCGUCAGGCGGCUCUCGUGGCUCCAGGAAGUCGAAGCGCGCUGGCUCCUCGGUCUUCUCUGUCUUCUCCCAGAAGCAGAUUGCCGAGUUCAAGGAGGCCUUCCAACUAAUGGAUGCCGACAAGGACGGUAUUAUUGGCAAGAACGAUCUGCGCGCUGCCUUCGACUCCGUUGGCAAGAUCGCCAACGACAAGGAGUUGGACGCUAUGCUGAGCGAAGCCUCGGGUCCGAUUAACUUCACCCAAUUGCUGACCCUGUUCGCCAACCGUAUGGCCUCUGCCGGUGCCAACGAUGAAGACGAUGUUGUUAUUGCUGCCUUCAAAACAUUCGAUAACGAUGGUCUCAUCGACGGUGAUAAAUUCCGCGAAAUGCUCAUGAACUUCGGUGACAAGUUCACCAUGAAGGAGGUCGAUGAUGCCUACGAUCAGAUGGUCAUUGAUGACAAGAACCAGAUCGAUACCGGCGCCCUGAUCGAAAUGCUCACCGGCAAGGGUGAAGAAGAGGAGGAGGAGGCCGCCUAAGCAGUAGCUGAAGCAUCAGGCAUCCCCACACACAUCCUAACUUCUAACUCAGCAUCCAUAUUACAACCAACAAAACUUUUAAAUCAAUCAGUCAAAAACAAUAAACGUAAUUAAAAGAAAUGCUCGUUUUACAUAUGUAAAUUCUCAAUAUCUAUAUAAUCUCUUUUUGUUACCAUUCAACAACACUCAAAACUUCUUCAACAACACCUUGGUAGCGAUCAAAAAUAAGAACAAGAACAGAAAAAAUCUUA